UUGACGUAGAUGGUCGCUCAGGAGAGACCGCACCCAUCCCAGGACAUGUACCGGGCUCUGGAGCGAUAUCGGCGCCCGUCUCGAGACUCGUCCGCAGAAUCAUCACCCGUAACCUGGCCGGCGAUAGCUGUGAGGCCGCCAAGAUGGAGGACUACCAGAGAGAAUCCAGUUCUCAGACCCAGACUGACGUCAAUGAGCCACCAGACAAACAGCGCAGCCCCACUGAGAAGCUCAACCAGAUGCUGAUGUUGCCGUCGCCGACCGACUCGGACCAGGUCAGCGUGUCGCCGUGGCAACCGCCAAGCCAGGAGAGCGUGUCCAGGCAGCGCCUGCAUGUCUUCCAGGAGGCCCAACUGAGGCAGGCUCAACUGGUCCAGAGGCUGCAGACCAAGGUCAUCCAGUACAAGGACAGGUGCGGGGAACUGGAAGGGCAGGUUCUGGAGAAGACCUCCAACUUGGAGAAGAUGCGAUUGUUGAUGCUGGCCCAACAGGAUUUGGCCCUGCGUGAAGAGCAAAACCUUAACGCGACCAUCUGCAGUAAGGCCGCUCAGCUGGACAAGGAGCAGAGAAGAUGCGCCCGCCUCAGCCAAGUCAACUCCGUGCUGCGGGAACAACUGGAGCAGGCCGGCACCGUCAGCCAGGCGCUGGCCGAGACCUGGCGCGAGGCCCGCCAAGACGCGGUGCAGAGCGAGGCGAGCCUGUGCAAGGAACAAGAGACGGAUUCUUGCCGCCCGAGUCGCCAGCAGGCACGCCUCAGAGCCUUGUGGCGCCAGGCCGCUUCCCUGAGGAGCACCUUCACCCAGCUGAGGGGCUUUGCUGACAGGACGCUCGCCGACAUGCGAGGCGAGUGCGCCGCCGCCAGCCAGCAGCUCCAUGCCGUCUGUCAGAACCUUCAGUCCAGAAGGACGCAGGAGAGCGCCUCCAGUGGUACGGAGGCAUGGACCCUGGAGAGGCAGCUGAAGACCAAGCUCCGAGAGACCAUGCAGCUUCAGGGCCGCUGGGAUGCAGAGAAAGUGGAGCUCAACUCCAGGGUCGUGGAGCUGGUGGACGGAGUGGAGCACCUUCGCAGACUAAACAGCGAGAAAGACGCCGCCCUUUCUAGCCUGCAGAGCAGCUUGGACACCAUGGAGACGAGGAGAACCGAGGACAGAGCAGCAAUGGAAGCUCUCCGCGCAGAGAACCGAGCCCUCCAGAAAAUGAUCCGCAACGUCCAUCAGUUGGUGGUUGGUGAAGUUGAAGGCGGUGCGUCUGAGGGUUGUUCUCCACUGCCAAACACCACCUUGAUGGCGGUGCAGUCUGCCCUAUCCAAGUACCAGAAACAAACACAGUACCUUCGUGGCCGCCUGGACGUGGCGUCGGAGGAAGCGGACGCACUGCGCAGUCAGCUGCAGCACGGCGACUCUGCGAGGAGGGAGCUGGAGACGAGGAUCCAGGAGGUGAUGGAGGAAAGUCAGGAGGCCCUGAAGGAAUGUCUCAGAGAGCGUGACCACUCUCGCUCUUCGCUGGAGGUCAUCUCAAGGGAGAAGCGCGGAGUGGAGGAGCGUUUGGUGGGAGCACAGCAGGAAGCGGACUCGCUGCGCGGUGAGCUGGAGGCUCUGCGCUGCAUGUCCUCGGACCUCCUCCGGCAGCAGAGAGAAGACGCCGAGCAGCAGCUGACGCGGCAGCGCACGGAGGCCCAGCGAGGCGAGCGGAGCCUGGAGGAGCUGGAAGGGAAGUACUCUGAUCUACGGAGGGAGCUGGUGACAGUGAAGGAGGCGCUGAGUGGGGUCACCCUGGAAAAGGAGGUGCUGCUGGAGGACAAGGCCAGCCUGGCGUUGGCUCUCAGCAAGAUGGAGUGUCACAGCGCCGCGCGGGAGUCCGGCGUCACCAAACUGCAGAACCAGGAAGCGGAUCUGAAAGAUUCUCUGGCCAAGAUGGCCGCCCUGAGCGAAGGCUUGGCCAAAGACAAGGUGGAGCUGAGCCGUCUUCUGCUGCAGGCCGAGGCUGAGAAGGCUCGACUCAGUGACGGACGGCGGCAGGCAGAAGCGGACCAAGCGUCAUCCCGGGAUGAAGCGUCCCGGCUGAAGCAGGAGAAGAUGAACCUGCUUUCGGAGAAGAAAUCCCUGGAGAGCUCGCACCAUCACCUGCAGGCCCUGCGCCACAAGCUGGAGGAGGACCUGGACCUCCUCCAGAAGGAGAAGACCCGAAUCCUGGAGCAGCACUCUCAGGCCAGCAGGCAGAUGCAGAGCAUGUCGGAGGAGCUGCAGCAUUGCAGGAAGCAGCUGCAGGUGCACCAUGCCGCCCUCAAGAAGGCCGGUGCCGACAAGGAGGAGCUGGCCAAGGACAAGGCCGGCCUGGAGGUCCGACUCAGCGCGACCGAGCGAAAGACCUGCGACCUGGUGCAGGAGCUGCAAGUACUCAGAGCUGAGAAGCAGUCCCUGGAGAGCGGUCUGUUCCAGAGCCAUGAGCUGUCCUUGUCCCUGCAGGCCGAGUGCGGCCGCCUGGAGGCGGAGCAGCGCGGCAUGUUGUCGGCUAACGAGGCCUUGACGCGUGAUGUUGCACAGGUGCGUCUGGACGCGGAGCACCAGCUUGCGCAGGCUGCACAGGAGCGCAGCAUUUUGGAGGAGAAGUGGGUCCAGGUGGAGAGGAACGCCCUCCAGAGCCUAAAGAGCAGAGAUGAACAGCACAGGGAGCAGCUGGAGGCUCAACGCAGGCUCAAGGAGCAGCAGUGUGCCGCGCUGACCGAGCAACUGCGCGCUGGCUUGCAGGAGUCGGACGCCCGCAGCCGGAAGGAGGUGCAGCAGGCCCAGGAGGAGGUACAGCAGGCCCAGGAGGAACUGCUCCGAGUGCAGCAGAGAUGCCAGCAGAUCCUCCUGCAGGCUGAGAGCGAGAAGCAGGAGGCUUUGUCCCAGAAUGCAGCCAUGGCGCAGAAGAUGUCGGGCCUGCAGCAGAAUCUGGACUCGGCGACUACGGAGCUGCGGCGCGCACGAAGUGAGGCGCUAGCUGCGCAGGAGGAGAACAAGAAGGAAGUAUCCGCCCUGCGGCGCGAGACGGACAAGCUGCGAGCCGAGUUCCAGGCGGCGGUGAACUCGCACGAGGUGGCCGAGCGGGGUCGGUGCCAGCAGGUCCGGGAGCUGAGCCAACGGAACCAAGUCGCCCAGCAAGAGCUGGAGGGCCUGCGUGUGCAGCUGCAGGACGCCCAGGACCGACUCGGCCGGGGCCAGAAGGAGCUGCUGGAGGCUCGGCGCGCCCUGCGGGAGUGUGCUCAAGGGCAGGAGAAGCAGCGGAAGGAGGCCCUGAACCUGCGGCGGCUCCUGGACGACGAGACCAGAGAGAAGGAGGCCAUCCUAGCCUCCAACCAGGAGCUGAGAGCGUCCGUCAAGCGGGUGGAGAGUGACAACAGCAGUUUAAGGCGAGCGGUGGAGGAGAAGGAGCAGAAAGUCUCCAUCUUGGAGGAACACAAACGCUGCAUGCACCAGGAGGUGUCCACUCUGAGGAGCAGCAUGAGGGAGCAGGAGAAGUCCCGGCUGCAGGCCCGCCGAGGACUCCAGGACCUGCGCGGACAGGUGAAAGCGCUGGAAGGCGAGAAGAGCCGUCAGAAGCAGGAGCUGCAGAACAUGCGGGCUCUGCUUUCUCAGCAGGAGCAGAAGGAGGAGGAGGCGCGUCGCCAGUCCUGCAGUCUAAAGCAGACCGCCUUGGACUGCCAGGCCGCCAGGGACGCGGCGCACAGUCAGGUUGCAGCUCUGCAGAGACGUGUGACGGAGCUGGAGGAGCUGGAGCGCCAGACCCGGGAACUCCUGCGGGCCGCGGAAGCUCAGCAGCAGGUCCGCGACCAGAAGCACCACGAGGCCACCGCGGGGCUGCAGAGAGCGCUGGAGGACGCCGCCGUGCAUGGCGGCCAGCUCAGUGCCCGGCUCGGGCACGCCCAGGCUUCCGUCCAGACCCUGGAGCACCAGCUGGGAGAGUGUGAGCGCCAGCGUAGAGACCUGGCCCACAAACUGUCCACUCUGCGUUCAACGCUGCGUCGCACUCUGGGCAUGGACGCAGGGGGACGGUCUCCCAGGAGGAAACCUCUCCCAGGACACCGCCCAACUCCUGCUGAGGAGCAAGAACUGGACCUGGAGUCCGUCCAGGCCGGCCUCCUGGAGCUGCAGCGAGAAGUGAGGGACUCGCAGAGAGAGAAGGAUGAAUCCAAGGCUCAGCUGGUGACUUUGAACCAGCAGCUGUCGGAGCUCCAGGACAAUUCCGCCAAGCUGCAGAAGUCCCUGAAGCAUCUGAAGGAAGCAAACCGAGAGACGACGGAGCGAUUGCGCGAAUCCCGCACUUCGUUUUCCUUGUCCGAGCGAGACAAGCUGAGCCUGGAGGAGGAGCUGGUUCAGCUCAGGUCGGCCCUGCAAGCUUCCCAGGCUGAGUCCAAGUCCCUCAGGGACCAGCUGGAGGUGCUGACAGGAUCCCAGUCUCAGGCGCACUGUGAGCAUCAGAGGCUGAAGGAGGUCCUGGAGGAGGUCCGCGGCAGAGCCGGGCGCCUGGAGCUCAGCAACCGCUCCCUGGAGGGCGAGCUGCAGCGGGACCGGUUCCGAGUGGCCCAGCUGGAGGCAGAGGCGACCCCGCUGCGGGAGAGGCUGGCGGAGGCCAGGAGGAAGCUGAGCGAAAGCGAGGACCGGUGCGUCGGCGAGGAGCGGCUGAGGGCGGCGCUGAGCGAGCAGGUGCACAAACUGUCCGCUACCCUCGGCGAGCAUCGGGGCGGCGAGGCCAAUCUGCAGGAGCAGAUAGGACAGCUGCAGAGAGCAGUGACGGCCAGCGAGCACGACCGACGCCUCCUGCAGGACCUUCUGGAUAAAAGCAGAGACGCCCUUUCGGAGAGCAAGAAGCUGAACCACUCGCUAACAGAGCGGGCCCAGAAUCUUCAACGAGCCCACGAGGACGCUGAGCUGCGGAAUUCUGCCUUGGAGAAACACAAGCAGGCUCUGCAUCAGAGUCUGAAGUUGCGGCAAGAGGAGGCGGAGGCCACGGCGCGGGAGAGCGCCGAUCAGCUGGAGAGCAAAGUGGAACAUCUCCAAGGUUCUCUGCACAAGAUGCAGCAGGAGAAGGCCAACGUGGAGAAAGCGCUGGCGCGGCUGGGAAAAGACAAAAGUGCCCUCAGGAAGAUGCUGGAGAAGGCGGAGGCGGACAGUCUGAAGGCGCGGGAGGCGGAGAGUCUGAGGACGGAAGUGGCGGGCCAGGCGCUGGCCGGGAUGGAGCGCCAGCUGGCGGAGAGGCAGGACCAGGUGACGGCGCUGCAGGCCCGUAUCAGCCAGCUGGAGCACACUCACACACAGCGCCUCCUAGAGGUCACUGUCCGCCACCACCAGGAGCUGGAUGCCGAGACGGCGUGUCUUCGCGGCGCUCAGCUGCAGGCCGAGCAGGCGCUGCAGAGCAGGGAGCGGGCCCACCGCCAGAGGGUGAGAUGUCUGGAGGAUCAGGUGUCCAGCCUCAAGGAGCAGCUGGACCAGGAGACUCUGCGGCGGCGACGGGCUCACGUCAAACAGAUGCUGCGGCCCGGCGUGCACUCAAGUAUGUAGCGCCGUCAACCUGGCAGCCUCCCUGCAGGGCACACUAACACCUCAUCCGGGGAACACGCCACCAAAACAACACGUUUGGUUUAUGAGCGGACAGGAUGUGCAAAAAAUUUUUUAGGAUUUCUUCUGUCGCACAAACUGGGGAGCAGUCUUUACUUGCCAACCUUGAGACCUCCGAUUUCGGGAGGUUGGGGGCGUGUUUAAGAGGGGAGGAGUAUAUUUACAGCUAGAA